UGACACCAGAGACGCCAGCUAAGAAACGGCACAUCUGAGUGCUUACUGUGUGCGAGGACGUUUAAUCCUCAAACGACCACCCGCGGCAGAGACUAAGACCUUGGUCACCGCAGAGCCUUCAGGAGCCUCGAUCGCAGGAUGCUGUUUGGAAACAUUUCCCGGCAGUUGUGUGGCUUAAAGAAAGUCCCGUGGUCAUGUGACUCCAGGCCCUUCUGGGGCUGGCUGAACGCAGUGUUCAAUAAAGUGGAUCAUGAACGCAUCAGGGAUGUCGGCCCCGACAGGGCGGCGUCCGAGUGGCUGCUGCGCUGUGGGGCCAUGGUGCGCUACCGCGGCCAGGAGAGGUGGCAGAAGGACUACAACCACCUCCCGACAGGCCCUCUGGACAAAUACAAGAUUCAGGCGAUCGAUGCCACUGACUCCUGUAUCAUGAACAUUGGGUUUGAUCACAUGGAAGGCCUACAGCAUGUGGAAAAAAUAAGGCUAUGCAAGUGUCAUUACAUCGAGGAUGCCUGUUUGGAGAGACUUAGUCAACUUGAAAACUUACAAAAAACCGUGUUGGAAAUGGAAAUAGUUUCAUGUGGGAAUGUCACAGACAAAGGCAUCAUUGCUUUGCAUCAUCUAAGAAACCUCAAGUAUUUGUUGUUAAGUGAUCUUCCUGGAAUAAGAGAAAAAGAAAACCUUGUCCAACUCUUUAAAACAGCAUUGCCUUCCCUGGAACUAAAAUUAGAUUUGAAGUAAAAUAAUAACAUUCAAUAAGUAUCUUAUUUCAAUUCGAAGUAUCAUUUGAAAUUGGUGAUCCUAAACAGCAACAAAUAUUAUAUAAUCAUCAAUAAAACUAUACGGAGGUCAUAUGACAUUUUAGAAGCAGAGUCCAUCAUGUAGAAAAUAAAUAUUCAGACGUGACUCAUUAAAGUUACUAAGUUGAAAGUGAGAAUUUAUGUACAUUAAAUCAUUUAAGAAAAAUGUAAAUCAGGUAGCAUUUUAAUUGUAAUAUCGUCCUCAUUUUAUAUAGAUAUCUAUGUAGAUAUCUUGAUGUAGAUAUUCUUUAUUGUAUUUUAAUACUAAUUUAUGUUACAUUUUACUUGAAAGUUAUUGAAGCAUGUUACUAUAAAUGUACAAUUAUGAAAACAUGAAAGCUAAACUUCAUUGAUGAAUGAGUCAGGUAUGCAAAGUAGUCUGGUUGACGAUUCACAUUGCUCUCAGGAUUUGCACACGUCGCAUGAUCCUGCAUUCUUGUGUUCUUUAUAACAUACACUGUUUCUGAAUGAAUAGCUUCUGGCUACCUCGUCUGUUUUGUAAGCUUAGUCUGGUGUUUUUUUCUGUGUGUAAUUUUUUCUGUGUGUAAAGUUUUUUAAAAGUAGACAUAAAUACUUGGCUGAAUUCACAUAGUUUUGCUGGUUGCAAUGGAACAGAGGGAACAGUCAUGAAGACCAGC